UAGUGCAGUCGGACAUGUAACAACUCUACCGGUGUUUUAGAAAAACUGUAACCUAACUGUAUCAAUUGACAUUGAAACAAUGUACAGUAUCUAGUACAAGAGGACAACAGCCACAGAAUAUCUUGGCAACCUUCACUCCAUUCUAGUAGGUAGAAUAAACAAGCGUUCUGGCAGCGGUCAAAAAUGUUAGAAGGUUAGCUAGCUUUCUCAAGUGGACUAAAAGUAGAAGUUUGAUCGAUAACAUCAUGACAACCGGAAUGGAGAACUGCGCCAAACCACUGUUUACAUUUGGAAUAAUCGCCGACAUUCAAUACGCCGACAUAGAUGAUGGCUUCAAUUUCAAACGCUCAAGGAAACGAUACUACAGGAACAGUCUUCGCCUAUUGCACAAUGCACAGAAAAGGUGGACCGCGGAUACUGUCAAACCCCGGUUCAUCCUUCAGCUCGGUGACAUUAUCGAUGGCUUCAACAAGAGGCAUGACGCAUCAGAGCGAGCCCUGGAAACGGUGAUGAAAGAGUUUGACUCCUCUCCGUUUGAAGUCCACCACGUUUGGGGCAACCAUGAGUUUUAUAACUUUAGCAGAGACACCCUAAUGCGGUCGGUUCUCAAUAGUACUACAGAUUCUGAAGCAGGAGGGGGGCAUCUCAGCAUCUGUGAAAUCUAUGCAUAUCAUUUCAGUCCAGCCCCCAAAUACCGAUUUGUCGUUUUGGAUGCCUAUGAUGUGAGCCUACUAGGGAGAGAGGAGUCCAGUCUGAAAUACCAGCAGGCUAUUGCUAUUUUAAAAGCCCACAAUGACAAUGAAGAUCUGAACCAUCCCCCAGCACCUGUGGGGAUGGAGCAAAGGUUUGUGAAGUUUAAUGGAGGAUUCAGUCAAGAUCAGCUGGACUGGCUAGAAGGAGUUUUGUCGUUGGCAGACAACAAACUGGAGAGGGUCACCAUUGUCAGCCAUCUCCCUAUCCACCCCAGCUCUACAAGUCCUAUCUGCCUAGCCUGGAACUACGAUGCGCUGCUCUCCAUACUCCAGGCCCAUAAGAGUGUAGUCUGCUUCAUGGCAGGACACGACCAUGAUGGAGGGUAUCACAGAGAUGACUCCGGAGUGCACUACCUCACACUGGAGGGGGUGAUAGAGACCCCUCCGGGCAGUGAUGCCUUUGGUACAGUCUAUGUGUAUGAGGACAGAAUGUUUUUAAAGGGAUAUGGAAGGAUGUCUGAUAGAAUACUGAUGUAUCCAUGAUAAUGCCAAAGAUUCUACGGCUAUACGGAAUCUGGGGAGGGACAAUUCCUUGGGUCCUCAUAUACACUGAGUAUACAGAACAUUAAGGACACCUGCUCUUUCCAUGACAUAGAUUGACCAGGUGAAUCCAGGU